AUGAAGUUCGCAAAGGAGCUCGAGCGCGAGGCAGUUCCUGAAUGGCGAAUCAAGUAUCUCAAUUACAAGGCGGGCAAGAAAUACGUCAAAGCUGUCGCCUCUGCCAUCCAGAGAACUUCCAGCUCUACACCUCGACUUCGUAGUUCACGCCGCACCCCGACCUUUUUCUCAAUAGCAGGGCCACAUACGGAGCCUUCUCCCAAACCGUCUUCUCGAUUCGAAAAUUCUCGGCCGUCUGAUGAUGCCCCCAAAAGCUCGAGAUGGCAUGGCCAAUCGGAACCGGUCGCCAUCGCAGAGCAGACGGAAGAUGAAGCCUUGAACAGCAAUGGUAACAGUGUGGGGUAUGGAAGCUUCGUACCGACACCCCCUGCGGACCCUCAGUCACUAUCACUUCGUCUCCAAGGCGAUGAUGACGAAGAACAACAGGAUGGCCGGUACAAGGACCAAAACGGCAAGCAGAGUGACAACCAGGGCGAUGGCGACGACGACGAAUUCGAGCUCCCUGCCCCUGCCAUUUAUACAACGACAUCAUCUCCUGGUGCCAAACAGUCGUUCAGUCCUGGAAAUAAAAGUGCUCGCUUCAAUUUCCACCGGUCAAACUCGUCGGGCCCCUUCAGCUCUGGAACGCUACAGACUUUGGUACCGACAGACACCGCCGAUGAUAGACUUCGCCGCAUCUUUUCUAGCGCGAGGGAAUCCGCUCGAAUAACGGGCCUUCCACGCCAGAGCCUUGACCUUGUUCGGGAGCGAGAACAACAGUUUUACUCAUUCCUCGACUCCGAGCUGGAAAAGGUGGAGACCUUUUACAAGAAGAACGAGGAUCGAGCUGGCCAGCGGUUGGCCAUGCUGCGACAACAGCUUCAUGAGAUGCGCAACCGGCGAAUUCAGGAGAUAAACAACGAGAGGACAAAUCGCUCACUUUCUGGGGCCUCGAAUCAACAAUCUGGCGAAGGCAACCCUGACAAGGCGAGUGCCUGGAUAAAUCCGUUGAAGAAUAAGAUCUUCCCGCCCGGACCAAAUUCGAAAAAUUUCCAGGAUAUGCCUCGUACACCACAUCUAACGGCCGGUAACAGGGCCCAGGCCGAUCGUAUGGACUAUGUGCGGCGACCAGUAGAAGACGAGGUGGCAUAUCGCACAGCAAAAAGAAAGCUGAAGCUGGCGAUGCAAGAGUUCUAUCGCGGCCUGGAAUUGCUCAAAUCAUAUGCCAUGCUUAACCGCACGGCCUUUCGAAAACUCAAUAAGAAGUAUGACAAAGUUGUCAACGCUCGACCUCCUAUGCGCUACAUGAAUGAAAAGGUCAAAAAGGCUUGGUUUGUCAAUAGCGAUGUUCUGGAAGGUCACAUCAAAUCUGUCGAAGAUCUCUACGCGAGGUACUUUGAGCGUGGGAAUCAAAAGCUUGCGGUGGGCAAGCUGCGAAAGCUGCACAGAAAGCCCAAGGAUGAGUCUGGAAGCUCGUUCCUUAACGGCAUCCUCAUCGGCACGGGAGCUGUAUUCAGCAUCCAAGGUCUCGUUUAUGGCACUCAGCUGCUAGAUGACAAUGAUCCGACAUUGAGUCUUCAAACAAGCUAUCUGUUGCAGCUAUAUGGCGGCUAUUUCCUUAUGCUCAUGCUUUUCUCCCUCUUCUGCAUCAACUGCUCCAUUUGGCUGCGGAACAGGGUGAAUUACCCCUUUAUUUUUGAAUUUGACCAGCGAAGUCAGCUUGAUUGGCGUCAGCUCUCUGAAUUCCCUUCAGCAUUGCUUUUGCUUUUUGGCGUCAUCAUGUGGGCCAACUUUAGCAGAUACGGGGGGGAUGCCAUGUAUCUAUAUUACCCCGUUCUUUUGGUUGGCCUAACUGUCGUUGUUAUUUUAUUCCCUGCUCCUGUGCUUGCACAUAAGAGCCGCAGAUGGCUUGCAUAUUCACAUUGGCGUCUUCUCUUGUCUGGACUUUAUCCUGUGGAGUUUCGUGAUUUUUUCCUUGGGGACAUGUAUUGUUCUUUGACAUAUUCGAUGGCAAACAUCGAACUGUUCUUUUGCUUGUAUGCCAACCAUUGGGAUAAUCCUGGGCAGUGCAACUCGACCAGCUCCCGCUUGCUCGGAUUCCUAACUACACUCCCGGCAAUAUGGCGCUUUCUCCAGUCUAUCUGGGAUCUGUUUAUGGAUUUCUCUCUGCUUCAGCCUCAGAGCCGACAUACUGCUCUCCGUGAUAUUCUCGCUUUGAAGCACCGCUGGAUCUAUUACAUCAUUAUGAUUGUCGACCCUAUACUCAGAUUCUCGUGGAUCUUCUAUGCCAUCUUCGCCCACGAUUCGCAGCAUUCUACUAUUGUCUCGUUCAUGGUUAGCUUCAUGGAAGUCUUCCGUCGAGGCAUAUGGUCGCUCCUGCGUGUAGAAAACGAGCACUGCGCCAACGUAGCGCAGUACAAGGCUUCUCGCGAUGUUCCUCUCCCCUAUCACAUCGAGCCCCUGCUGGAGCGCGCCAGCGUCGAAUCCAGCCCGAUAAUAUCGCCGGAAGAGGAGCGCCAGACGGAGCCACAGCCACCACGGCCGCAGCCUGCCGAACACCCCAGCUUCUAUGACUCUGCCGCCUCUACUGCCGUUGCCGGCCGUCCGAGCGGCAGCCUUCGGCGCCGCACCGACCCCGUUCCUUCUCCCAUCCAUCGAAGCUUCUCUAAGAUCUUGGCAGAGGCGCAUAAGCAGGAUUUUGAGAAGAAGCGGAAGCCUGACGACGGGGCUGGGGAUGCGGCUGGUGUAGUUGGCCAAAGCGACGAUUUUGACGAUGACGAUGACGAAGAUGAAGAUGAUGCCGGCAGCUUGUCGGAAAUGCGACCCCAGAAUAGCGGGAACGCAGCUUAA